UAGAUAUACAAUACAGUAUUAUUGGUGACUGUGACGUGACGGCUUGGGCCUCCGGACCAGGGUGGCUGGGUUCCCCCACUGGACAGGCUGUGCAGCGCGCACAAGAGCUCUCUCUAUAAGGUCUCAACUUUCCCAUCACCCCUCUCUUUGGUCCUCAAACAAGCGCCCCUGGUGGAGGGGGGUGGUGGGGUGGAGUCCUGGAUGUCAGCUGCAGCUGCCACUGUGAAGAGGAGGAGGAGGAGAAGGAGAAACAGAUCAGAUCCCCAGACUGAGGACGGAGACGGACAGACCUCGGCCUCACUGCAGCCACAGACACUCACCAUGAGCUCAGAGGAGGACGCCCGCUGGCUGGACUGGGUCACCAAGCAGUUUGAGAUCAUCGCAGGAGACGACAAGGAGAUCAGUCUGGACGAGUUCAAAACUGCUCUGAAGGUCAAAGAGUCCUUCUUUGCAGAGCGUUUCUUUGCCCUCUUUGACUCCGACGGCAGCUGCUCCAUCAGUCUGGACGAACUGCUGGAGGCCCUGGACCUCCUCAUCCACGGCAGCGAGGCCGACAAACUGCGCUUCCUGUUUCAGGUCUACGAUGUGGACGGCAGUGGUUCUAUUGAUCCAGAUGAACUCAGGAUAGUUCUGAAGUCCUGCCUGCGUGAGAGCGCCAUCUCCCUGCCAGAGGAGAAGCUGGACGACCUGACGUUAGCGCUGUUUGAGUCGGCAGAUAAAGACAACAGUGGAGCGAUCACCUUUGAGGAGCUGAAGGCUGAGCUGGAGGCGUUCCCAGAGGUGAUGGAGAACCUCACCAUCAGUGCUGCUAACUGGUUGAAGCCUCCUGACAUGGAGCAGAAGAAGCGCCAGACUCCUCGGUACCUGACCCGGGUCUACUGGCAGAACAACAGUCGGAAGCUUCUCUUCCUGUGCCUGUACGCCUGUGUCAGUCUGCUCCUCUUCAUCAGUGCCAUACUGCAGCACAGCCAGCAUGGGGCGUGGUAUAUGGUGGCCAAAGGCUGCGGACAGUGUCUCAACUUCAACUGCACCUUCGUCAUGGUGCUGAUGCUGCGGCGCUGUCUGACCUGGCUCAGGGCCACCUGGGUGGUCAGGGUCUUACCUCUGGACCAGAACAUCUUACUUCAUCAGAUCGUGGGCUACGCCAUCCUCGGCUUCACGCUGGUUCACACCACUGCUCACAUCUUCAACUUUGUCCAGAUGUCAGAGACCAGUGAGUACAGCCUGUGGGAGUACGUCUUCACCACCAGGCCUGGUAUCGGCUGGGUGCAGGGGACGGCCUCGGUGACGGGGGUGGUCCUGCAGGUCCUCAUCUGUCUGAUGGUGGUCUGCUCCAUGACAUUUGUGAGACGCAGUGGUCACUUUGAGGUGUUCUACUGGUCCCAUCUGUCCUACAUCUGGGUGUGGGCUCUGCUCAUGGUCCACUGUGCCAACUUCUGGAAGUGGUUCGUGGUCCCUGGUCUGGCCUUCCUGCUGGAGAAGAUCGUUGGAAUUGCCGUCUCUCGUAUGGGCGGCCUUUACAUCGUGGAGGUCAACCUGCUGCCCUCUAAGGUGACUCACCUGGUCAUCAAACGUCCUCAGUUCUUCCAUUUCAAACCUGGAGACUACGUCUACAUCAACAUCCCUGUCAUCGCCAAGUACGAGUGGCACCCGUUCACCAUCAGCAGCGCUCCAGAGAAAUCAGAUACUCUGUGGCUGCACAUCCGCUCCAUGGGUCAGUGGACCAACCGUCUGUACGAGUACUUCAGAGAACCACAGACCCAGAACGUCAGCCCGAAGAGACUGGCCACCAGUCUGAGGAACCACAGACACGCACUCAGAGCCCAGGAGGAGCUGUUUAGCUCCACGGAUUCCAACAGAGCAGUGGCGUCCAAUGAGGACGAGGCUGUGGAGCUGACCAUGUACCGACAGAACAGCUCCAGGAGCAGCACUGCUUCGGUGGCGCCCUCUGGAGAUCAAGACUUAGCAGAGACUCAGGUGGAUGAGCUGAGUCCUGCAGAGCGAGGAGAGGCUCCGCCCCUCAAGGAUGGUUCAGCCACAUUUGGAGAAAAUCACAGGUUCUGCAACAUCAAGUGUUAUGUAGAUGGUCCAUAUGGAACUCCAACCAGACAGAUCUUCACGUCUGAACACGCUGUACUGAUCGGUGCUGGGAUUGGAAUCACACCCUUUGCUUCUAUCCUUCAAAGCAUCAUGUUCCGAUACCGUUGCAGGAAGCAGAACUGCCCCAACUGUAACUACUCGUGGUGUGAGAACAUCAAAGACAGCGACAUGAAGCUACGCAAAGUGGACUUCAUCUGGAUCAACAGAGACCAGAAGUCCUUCGAAUGGUUUGUUAGUCUGUUGACCAAACUGGAGAUGGACCAGGCUGAUGAGGAGCCAGAAGGCCGUUUCCUGGAGAUGCACAUGUACAUGACAUCAGCACUCAGUAAGAACGACAUGAAGGCUAUCGGCCUGCAGAUGGCACUAGACCUGCUGGCGAAGAAGGAAAAGAGAGACUCUAUCACUGGACUAAGGACCAGAACCCAACCAGGGCGACCAGAGUGGGGGAAGGUGUUCCAGAAAGUCUCAGAGGAGAAGAAAGGGAAAGUUCAUGUAUUUUACUGUGGAGCUCCAGCUCUGGCUAAAGUCAUCAAGGCUCAGUGUGAAAACUUCGGCUUCAACUUCUACAAGGAGAACUUCUGACUCUGUGUGUGUGUGUAUCUGGUAUAUGCACCUUCUGGUUUCAUAUAAUAAAAUGUUUCUCUCUGUGGAUGUCAGCAGCUUUACUCCAACAGGAACCAUGUGUAUUGAUGUGCCAUCUGAUGACCAGAGUCAGUGAUAAUCAUGGUGUAAUCCAGGGGUGGCCAACCAGUCAGAGAGCCACAAUUUUUACUGUGUUACUGCAAAGAGCCACAUGAUGUACCUGGGCACACGUGAACUGCCCCCCAAAAAAUAAACACUCCCACUCUGUUCAAAUGUCCUGCCUUCAUAUUCUCCUUUUGCUGUGCAUUUUUUCCCUGCCAUUUUGAGAGCAGAGUUUGGUUGGCCUACUCUACUCUAGUGCUUUUGCCUCAACGCCCAUGUA